AUGCCAAUACGGAAUUUUGAGAGGGAGCUUACAAAAAGGCAGCUUAUUACAAAGUAUGAUAUAGAUGCGGUGAAGAAAAAUACAAUUGGAGUGGACGGUGCGUGGUUUGUGCGCAAGUAUUCUCCGGUUUUAAAGAACAAGAAUAUUCUUCUGGAUGGGUUCAACCGAGAGGUCCUUUCCUACGUGCACGCAUUGGUGGACUCGCUGGAGCAGGCUGACUGCAAAAUAGUUUGGAUCUGGAACGGAAUCUCUCCAAAGCUAGAGGCCAGGAAGAGCCCCGAGGAGAAGAGGCACGACGCAAUCCAGAUGGGGUGGAAGGCCUACCGAGGAAACAACCUAGACGGGGCGCAGAAGGCAUGGAGCAUGGCAAUCGACUACGAGGAGGUAAAGCGCCAGAUAAACGCCAUUUUGCUGGCGAAAAACGUAGAGGUGAUAAACGCCCCGUACCUGGCAGCUGCGCAGGGCGCAUACAUGGAGAGCAAGUCCUACAUUUCUAUGUUUUUCGGCGCAACAGACUACUUUCUCUUCUCGGGUGGGGAGAAUCUUAUCCUGGACUUUGAGUUUGUCUCUUGCUCUGAAAAGAAGAGGGUGGGGAAGAUAUCCUGCGCCUUCUUUACGCAGAUAUGCGAGCAGCUCAAUAUUGGAAUGCACUGCCAAAGCGUGCUGCUUCUGCUCGGGUGCGAAUACUGCCCAACCGUCCCAGAGUAUGGCGAAAUGUUUGACUUCAAUGCCAUACUGGCAAAGUAUUCAGGAAUGCACAUUGGCGAUAUACUAGCUAAGAAUGAAGGGCAGGCCGAGAACACCCAUCUGGCCGAUGCUUCCCAGAAGUUUGCAAAGAUGUAUUUGGCAGCAAAGUGCUCUGUUGAAUUCCACCCUGUUUUGAACGAGAACAGCGAGCUGGUCUGCCUGUCUAGCGCGCCUGCGCCUUUUGACUGCAAUGCCAUUUUUGGGAAGCGCAUCCCAGAUGAGUUUUACUCUUUGUUUUCAUGCGGAGAAAUAUCGCUUGAGUACAUAACAGGGCUUACCAUGGGGCAGGCCGAUGUGAUAUGCAGCCCCAUAGUCUUUGAGGCGCUCCACCCUGUGGUUUUGGACAUCUACAGAUCCACAAAAGUAAACAUUUCGGGCCUGUUUCCAGGCGAAUAUGCGUCAAAACACAUCUCCGGCCAAGGAUACAAGGAGGCGCAGGAGCUCGGCGGCCCCGAUGAGGAAGAGCCCGGCAUGGAAGGCCUGAUUGGGCGCGCGCUGAAAAAGGACAGCGAGCUGCCGGAUCUUUUGCAGUGGCUCAUUGUGCUGCUAGACCGGGUCGACACCUCUUUGCUGGACAAAAUGUUCAUGUUCAACCGCAUAACCUGCGAAGAGCACGCAGCCGAGGAGGUGGACUGGGAUGUGUUUGAGUGCAGAGAAAGCUUUAAGUUCGCCCUGGCCACGAUACGAAAUAAGCUGGUGCUGGAGGGCGCCGACGAGAAAGAGCUAGAGCCGGUGAGCAUAGACUACACAAACGGCCUGAAAAUGGAGGAAAUCCUCACUCUGUGCCGGAAAAAAAGAGAGCACAUACUGUCAGGCGACCAGCGCAUGCUUAUAGAGAAGAACCUUGACUACAUUAAAAAGCUGCACCGGUUUUUCAAUGAGAGCGUCAACUCAAGCAGGCACAAGCGAGAGCUGGAGCUCUUAAUUGGCUGUGUUUCUGCUGAAAAGAUGCCCAAAGGCACGUCUUGA